AUGUCAUUGGUUUCAACACCGACAACGAUUAUCGGAGUGAGAACAGGAUCAAUCGAGCGUCAACGAAGAAUCGCAGUAGCCAUUGUUUUCAUCUGUGUGAUAGGUAUUGUUAUUACACUAAGUGUCAUUCUCAGUCGUCGUUCUUCAAUAAAAUAUUUGGCAAAUUCAACAUCGACAAAUGAGUCGAACGCAAUAUCAAUAACAACAUCAACAUCAUUAACAGCGUCACACACAACAACAAGCACUGCAUCAACAUCGUCAACAGCUUCAAGCACAACAUCAACGUCUACAGCAACGUCAACGACAUCAACAUCGACAACAGCUUCAAGCACAACAUCAACGUCUACAACAACGUCAACGACAUCAACAUCGACAACAACAUCAGCAACGUCGACAACAUCAACAUCCACAACAACAACAACAACAACAACAACAACAACAGCAACAUCGACAACAACAACAACAACAACAACAGCAACAUCGGCAACAACAGCAACAGCAACGUCGACAACAUCAACAUCCACAACAACAUCAAUAGAUAGUGGUAUGUAA